ACGUGCAGGGAGAGGGGGUCACGUGCAGGGUGAGGGGGUCACGUGCAGGGUGAGGGGUCACGUGCAGGGCGAAAGGCGCGAACGCCGCGUGAGGGUCACGACGUCUCGGCAAUGGCCACAGCCAAACGGAAGUGUGUGUCACAUUUGUCGCUGCAGUACAACUCCUCAAGGAGAAGCAAGGGGCUUGGCGACCAAGAGAAAGAGGAGGACUUGGCCUGGGUGCAGUGUGAGCACUUGGAUUGUCAGAAGUGGCGGUCCAUCUCGGUCAAGGAGAUGGCGUCCCUUGCGGUCGAGCUGCCAUGGUAUUGCCACAUGAACGGCGACAUUUCCCACAGUUCCUGUGAGGACCUUGAAGAACCCUACCCCAGCAUUGAGGAGCUCACCUGCCAUGGCCUGGAAGUGGUGUUUUCUCAUAAUUACCAAACGGGCAGCCUCGUGUGGGCGAAAAUGACAGGCUAUCCUCGAUGGCCAGCUGUUGUGUGUCCAGACCCAGACAAUGGCAAGGAUAUGAACCGAAAACAUAAUGAUGUCAGCUAUCAUGUGGAAUACCUUGGUCAACCACGGAGUAGAAAAUGGAUUAACGUACAACAAAUGGAACCAUUUUCUCAACUAAAGAAUGUGCCCUCUAAAGCCAGAAACGGGGGUUGGCUGAACACAGCACUAAAAGAAGCGAAUGAAAUGAUAUCAAUACCCUGUGAAGAAAGACUACAUUUAUGUCACUUUACAGGUUCUAACAGCACAGGUGAAGAAAUGUUGCAAGAAACAUAUCACUUGCUCAUGGAGGUGGAUAUAUUGAAUGAAAAUAUGAUCGACAAAAAGAAAUGUGAUAGUCAGCCUUACACUCAACGUUCAUUUCACGAAGAGAGCUUUCAAAAUGAUGAGGACAGUCCAGAUGAGCUUGUGAAAGCUAAAACAAUAUAUUCAGACGACUCUGUAGAAAUGCAGCAUUCUAGUCUAUCCAAUGAAUAUGAGGAGAUGGAAAACUUGCUGGAAGAAACAGCUGCCUGGCUACAAGAUGAUGGCUAACACCACAGCAUUUAGUAUUUUAGCACUUGUGAAAAGAAUGUCACAUGUAAAAACACAACUAACCAACAAACUUUGUUCUAUUUCACUUAUUCGCUGUGGAAUUUAAACUUUAUUUCCACGUAAUAUGCACAAUAUUACCUGGCAAAGUUUCAUAUAAUAAUUACAUUGUAAAUGUUAAUGCUGCCGCAUGUUAUCUUAACUCACCGUUUCCGUUGUUAUUACUGUGGUAUAUAGUCUAUUCUGGCAAAAGGAAUGCAAGCACUUCUUCUUGGCUGGACAUGGUUAAUAGAGCUAACAUCUUUAGAGGGCAUUUGUUUCGUCCAAUUGUGCCGAUAAAUCUUGACAUUUUCAAAGAACCAAUUAGCCUAUGCUGCUGAUAUGUAUAGUUUAUGUACUGUAUAGUGUUUCCUUUGGAAUACAGUGAUGUAUAGCGAAAUAUCACUUGCAUUAAAAGUGUUAUCUAUACAAAUUUGAACUAUAACACCUGUUUUAAUUUGCUAUGCAUUUUCUAUAUCAUUUUGGAGCAGUACAACAAUAAUUUAGUCUAUUUAAAUGCACGAAUUGCUGGUGACACGUAAUACAUGUACUUUUGCUGUAAUUAAUUACACAAAGGCCUUUAAAUGCUGUAAUGACUUGUAAUUACAGUACAGAAAAAGGGCCUUUAGCUAAAGAGAGGGGCAUCUAUUGUAAUUCAUCAAAUAAGUGUAAACUAACGGCACAUUCUGCAGUUAGCCUGCAUGUGGAGUUUACCAUUAGGCUGUUAUGAGGUGGAGAUAUAUAAGCAAUGACCAAAUACAGAUGAGAUUUAAUUUUCAUCUCCCCCCUGAAACUCAACAUGUACAUUUUACAAUUAAAAUGGUUUAUUAAAAAUAAAACAAGUGUGUUGAUUGUAGAUUUCACUUGUUUUCUGUUUUAUUCUAUGGUUUCUUAAAUUGGCUUACUA